GAGAGAGGGGCAGGAGCCACGCACGCAACACGUAUGUGUAUUCGCAAAUCCUCUCGCAAAUCGAUCGCGCGAACUCCGCUCGUUGCCCGAGUUGAGACCUGGUAGUGCGUAAUAACCCGUACCCCGUAUCGAGGAGGGUUUUUUUCGCAAGCGAGUCAGAGAAGAGGAAGCAACACAUCUCAAGAUGAGCAAGCGACUGGAGACCGUUGCUACGAUGACCUGCAUGAAGACCCUGUUGAUGCUCUUCAAUUUCAUCUUCUGGGCGUCUGGGGUGUUGAUGCUGUGCAUCGGCAUAUGGAUGCGCAUCCAGCUGCGGGAUUACAUGAACAUGAGCGCGCAGGGCAGCGGGGCCGCUUUGCUAGCCAUCGCGAGCUUAGGAGCGGUGUUGGCGGUCGCGGCGGUCCUCGCCUGUUGCUGCACCGCGCGCGGUCAUCCUGCUCUACUGUAUUUGUACGGCGCGUUCCUGGCCGUCGUGGCAUUGCUGGAACUCGCCGCGGGCGCGUCGGUUUACGCUUAUCGCACGAAUCUGAACGAGGGAUUCGAUCAAGGUCUGAACGAAAGCAUGGCAGCCUACGGACAGGACCAAUCCAAGAGCAAUAACAUCGAUAGCAUGCAAAAGACGCUGCACUGCUGCGGCAAUCGCGGGUAUGCCGAUUGGCUCAAUCUGGAUCCACCGAAGGACAUUCCCUUGUCCUGCUGCAAGGUAGCCCAGGAUAAAUGCGAUUCACAGGACCCAGAUGAAAUUUAUACCGAGGGAUGCUACAAUCGCGUGCUGGACUUCAUAAAUAGCAACAUCGGUCUGGUGGCCGGUACGGCGAUCGGCGUAGCCUUUUUCCCAUUAGUCGGUAUCUUCUUAGCGUGCUGCCUAGCCAGCAAUAUCAAUAAGGCCGAGUACGAGCAGGUUGCUUAGGCAUGGCACUUGCGCAGGCAGCAACGACGGUCCUACCAGAAAACAAAACCUGCAACGCUAGCGACAACGGCGAACAUGUAUGAUUUAAUGGGAACAUUUUCUCGGAAAUGAUCUCGAUCGAGGAAAGCGCGCAUCUUACCACUUCGGUUUUAAUUGAUGAUUUCAGUACAAAAAUGAGAGAUAAAAAUUCACACAGGAUAAGGUCCACUUGUAAUAUGAAGUUACAUCUAAAUUGGAUCUUAUACCAAAUUACCUAUUCACAUUGUUUUUGCAAAGCCCUUUAAUUCUUAUUUAAGUGCUCGGUUGAUCAAAAUUCGCACUCUCAUGUUCUAACUAUAUGAAUUAAACUCUUCUAGUCAAAAUUAGUAAAAAUAGAUGUUAUAUCGAGUUAUGUUCACUUGAUACUGUUACAAGAUACAAUCUUUUCAUACAUUUGGAAGUUAAAUGAAGACUCACUUCCAAAGUACUUCAAAUAACUUUAAACCAAAGUACUUUACGCAUAAAAAUUAAAAGCAACAUAUACAAAUCUUAAUAUAUUACUUAAGAUCUUCUAAGAGAAGCGUCUUAUAAGGUAGAGCAGACAGAAAAAUAAGAAAGCAAAACAUACUGGUUUAAUACUAAUCGUCUCUUUUGUUUAGACUUUUUACUUCGAGAUAUGGUAAUGAAGAAAAUAUGUAACAUGAUUUAUGAAGCUUUUUUUAAAGUUAAAGAGCGUAUGAUAUUUAAAUCAUUGAAUAAAUGACGAUGACAUAUUCCUUUACAUGAGAGAGUUAAGUAAUGUUGUAGAAUACGAACGCAUGAUUAGCAUUUUUAUAUGGAUGGGCAGUAAAAAUAUAACUUGAUUAUCGUUAUCUUUAAAAAUAUCUAAUCGCGUUCACUAUUAUACUCCGUACUGAAUAAAACUUUGAUCUAAAUAAAUCGAAUUCUAAAAUUCGGUGAAAGUCAGUGAUAUAUUGAUUGUUAUUUUUAUCAAUAGAAUCACAACGCGAAUAGUUUGCGAUAGAGUUCAUUUCACGAAUGCCUGCUUAUGACAACGAUGGUGCGAAAGGUAAAACAGACUUCUACAUUUUUUAAUAUUGUCCUACGAAUCCUUAGAUGUACCAACGGACUUUUUCUUCUUGGAUCUUAAUCUCUUGCGAAUCUUAUAUUCUGUAAAUCUUUAUAAAUCCAUUAAAUCCUUCAUUCUUAAA